AACGAGCUGAGCUGCUCUUCCUGCCGCCAUCGGCCGCCCGAGGCUUUACGUUUUCCCAUCCGGUGCUUCCCAGCAGAGCGAAGUUUCACAGGGAGAGUGAGUGGGCUCUGCUGGCCGCCCUCCUGCACUGUCUGGAAAUUUCCCACCCUGGGUGGGCUUUGACCGCGCCAAGGCUUGAGGCGAAGUUCCUGGGAGCCGGAGCUGGAAGAGGAGAACGCAUCCUUUUAGGGCUUAUUUAGUCACCAUGAAGCUGCUGCACCCGGCCUUGCACAGCUGCCUCCUGCUGACCCUGCUCGGCUUAUGGACACCCAGCCCCGAGGCUCACGCUGCGUCCCCAGGCGCGGCCGCUCUCAGCGCCGCCUCCUUCCUGCAGGAUCUAAUGCGUCGCUAUGGCGAGGGUGACAGCCUCACUCUGCAGCAGCUGAAGGCCCUGCUCAACCACCUGGAUGUGGGGGUGGGCCGGGAUAAUGUCACCCAGCACAUGCAGGGACACAGGAACCUCUCCACGUGCUUUAGUUCUGGAGACCUCUUCGCUGCCCACAAUUUCAGCGAGCAGUCACGGAUUGGGAGCAGCGAGCUCCAGGAGUUCUGCCCCACCAUCCUCCAGCAGCUGGAUUCUCGAGCCUGCACUUCAGAGAACCAGGAAAAUGAGGAGAAUGAGCAGACGGAGGAGGGGCGGCCAAGUGCUGUCGAAGUAUGGGGCUUUGGUUUUCUCUGUGUCUCACUGAUUAACCUGGCCUCUCUCCUGGGAGUCCUCGUCCUGCCCUGCACGGAGAAAGCGUUUUUCAGCCGUGUGCUCACUUACUUCAUCGCCCUGUCCAUUGGAACGCUGCUGUCUAACGCGCUAUUCCAGCUCAUCCCAGAGGCUUUUGGUUUCAACCCUCUGGAAGAUUAUUAUGUCUCCAAGUCUGCAGUGGUGUUUGGGGGCUUUUAUCUUUUCUUUUUCACAGAGAAGAUCUUGAAGAUUCUUCUUAAGCAGAAAAAUGAGCAUCACCACGGACACAGCCAUUAUGCCUCCGAGACGCUUCCCUCCAAGAAGGACCAGGAGGAGGGGGUGAUGGAGAAGCUGCAGAAUGGGGACCUGGACCACAUGAUUCCUCAGCACUGCAACAGUGAGCUGGACGGCAAGGCGCCUGUGGUGGAUGAGAAGGUCGUUGUGGGCUCGCUCUCUGUGCAGGACCUGCAGGCGUCCCAGAGCGCUUGCUACUGGUUGAAAGGUGUCCGCUAUUCUGACAUCGGCACUCUGGCCUGGAUGAUCACUCUAAGCGACGGCCUCCACAAUUUCAUCGAUGGCCUGGCCAUCGGCGCCUCCUUCACCGUGUCAGUUUUCCAAGGCAUCAGCACCUCGGUGGCCAUCCUCUGUGAGGAGUUCCCACACGAGCUGGGAGACUUUGUCAUCCUGCUCAACGCUGGGAUGAGCAUCCAACAGGCUCUCUUCUUCAACUUCCUUUCUGCCUGCUGCUGCUACCUGGGUCUGGCCUUUGGCAUCCUGGCCGGCAGCCACUUCUCUGCCAACUGGAUUUUUGCGCUGGCUGGAGGAAUGUUCUUGUAUAUUUCUUUGGCUGAUAUGUUCCCUGAGAUGAAUGAGGUCUGCCAAGAGGAUGAAAGGAAAGGCAGCAUCUUGAUUCCCUUUGUCAUCCAGAACCUGGGCCUCUUGACUGGAUUCACCAUCAUGUUGGUCCUCACCAUGUAUUCAGGACAGAUCCAGAUUGGGUAGGGCCCUGCUAAGAGCCUGUGGGACCGGAAGUCGGGCCCCUGGGCUGCCCGAUCUCCAGCCCGAGGACUCAGCGUCCCAAAAGCACCACAGAAGAGGCCGUUCCAUUCAAAACGGACACAGACUGUAUUCCUGCAUUCAAAUGUCAGCCGUUUGUAAAUGCUCUAUCCUAGGAAUAAGCUGCCCUGGUAACCAGCCUCUAGCUAGUGCCUCUUGCCCUCUCCUCACCUCCUUUUCUCUCAGUGACUCUGGAACCUGAAUGCAGCUUGUAAGACAAGCCUGACUUUUUUUCUCUGAUUACCUUGGCCUCCUUCUCUUGGAACCAGUGCUUAAAGGUUUUGAAUCCUUUACCCAACAAUGCAAAAAUAGAGCCGGUGGUUAUAACUUGGCUAGAAAUAUCAAGAGGUGAAUCCAUAGCGUGGGGCUGUGACUCUAGCUGGGCGCCCUGGACCUCCAGCUGGCCAACAGAAAGACGAGACAGGAGACAGGAAGCCUUCCCAUUUUUUCAAAGUCUGUUUAAUUGUCUAUUACUUCUCUCAAAGGGAACCUGAAGUCAGAACAGAUGAGCAGGGUGAGGGGCAAGGGUUCAUCCUGAGAAGGAGAGGAAGUCGAACCACUGCUGUGUGUCUUGUCAGGGUGGCCACUUGUUCCUACUGAGAUGCUGGGUUUGGUUUUGUGCUUUGUUUUUGUUCUUUGAGACAGUCUUGCUCUGUCGCCCUGGCA